AUGAGCAAGCCCUUGGCGGUGAGGAAAAAGUUCCUUUUAAGAGGCAGAAACUUCGAGCAGACUCGUGGUGGGCAGCCAUCUGUCUCGACCGGGAUCUCUCGAGCUGCCUCCGUCCUGCUGUCUGACCCCUGUUUCCAACUCCACUCCAUCCAGCACCUGUUAGGGGAGGGAGGAGACUCCUCCAGCUCGUCAGCGGCCGUCACUGCCACCGCCACCGCUCGCCCAGUCAUCGGGUCCUUGGGGUCGUCUGUGGCCGCUCCCAUACCUUCAGCUGCUGGAAACCCAGAGCGCAAACACUUCUCUCUGCACGCAUACACAGACUACAUCAGUGAGGAGGAAAAACAGAAGGUGGAGCUGAUGUUGGCGUUUCUCACGGAUGAAUCCAAACAGGCUGCAGCCAGCACAGCGGUAAGUACCACUGCAUCCUGCUGCUGCUGUCACAUUGUCACAGAUCAGGUCAGACAGGAUCAGCUGGGAGACGUCGGCCUGCAGGAGGAGGAAGUGAAGAACAGGAACUAG